AUGGCUAUUAGAAAGUUGCUGUCUAUUGGUGUAACACUCAGGGAACAUGAUCAAAGAAGGGUUAUGAAGAAUUUAGGAGCCAGAGACUCAGUGACCUUUGAGGAUGUGGCUGUGAACUUCACCCAGGAAGAGUGGAUUUUGCUGGAUCCUUUUCAGAAGAACCUAUACGUCAAUGUGAUGCUGGACACCUGUAGUAACCUUGCUUCUGUGGGAAUCAAAUCAGAAUACCAGACCAUUGAAGAGCAUUAUAAACAUCCUGGGAGAAAUCUAAGGAACAUCACAUCCCACCCUGGACACACACAUGAGCUUGAGGAGUAUGGAAAGAAGCAACAUACCUCCAGUUCUCUCCCAACCAUUCACAUAUACAUGGGAGCCCACAAUCGGAGAGGAACGUAUGAAUGUGAAGUGUAUUCCGAAUCCUUUGGUUUUCCAAGUUCAUGUGGACUGCAUCAGCAGAUUCACAGUGCAGAACAGCCCCGUGAGCAUAAUCAAUAUGACACAGCCUUUACUGGUCCCAGUUCAUUUUGUAUUCAUGGAGGGACUCACACCAAAGAAAACCCUUCUGAAUCUAAACCAUGUGCUGCCACCCUGAGUCCUUUCAACCACCUGCCGUCUCCCAGCAGAACUCGUAAUGGAGAAAAGCAUUCUGGUCGUAUGCAAUAUGGCAAAGCUUCCAGUUGCCAAAAUUCCCUUCAAAGACAUGAAAUAAUUCACACAGGGGGAAAACCAUAUGAGUGUAGGCAGUGUGGUAAAGUGUUCCAAGGUCACAGUUCCCUUCAAAGGCGUAAAAUAAUUCACGCUGGACAAAAACCCUAUGAAUGUACACAGUGUGGAAAGUCAUUCAUUUAUCCCUAUUUACUUAAAAUACACAAAAGAACUCACACGGGAGAAAAACCGUAUAAAUGUAAGCAAUGUGCUAAGCCCUUUAGAGGUCUCAGUAAUCUUCGAGUACAUGAAAGAACUCAUACUGGAGAAAAGCCCUAUGAAUGUAAACAUUGUGGGAAAGCUCUGCGAAGUCACAGCUCCCUUCAAAGACAUAAAAUAGCUCAUGCUGGGAAGAAACCCUAUGAAUGUAAGCAGUGUGGGAAGUCCUUCAUUUAUCCCUAUUUACUUCAAACCCACGAAAGAUCUCAUACUGGAGAGAAACCCUACAAAUGUAGCAUAUGCAGUAAGGCCUUUCGUUGUUCAUCUUUCCUGCAAAGACAUGAAAGAACUCAUACAGGGGGGAAACCCUACGAGUGUAAGCAAUGUGGUAAGGCUUUCAGAGGUCAUAGUUCCCUUCGAUUACAUGCGAGGUCUCACAGUGGGGAGAAACCAUAUAAAUGUAACAUUUGUAGUAAAGCCUUUCUGUGCCCCUCUUUUCUUCGAAGACAUGAAAGGACUCACACUGGGGAAAGGCCCUAUCAAUGCAAGCAGUGCAGCAAAACCUUCAGAGGUCAGAGUUCUCUUCAGCUACACGAGCGAGCUCAUAGUGGAGAGAAACCCUAUAAAUGUAAGGUCUGUAGUAAAGCCUUUCUGUGUUCCUCUUUCCUUCAAAGACAUGAAAGGACUCACUGUGAAGAAAAACCCUAUGCGUGUAAACAGUGUGGCAAAGACUUUAAAGAUCAAGGCUCCUUUCAGAGACAUAAGGUUUCCCAUGUUGGAGGAAAACCUUACGAUUGUAAACAGUGUGGUAAGUCCUUCAUUUAUCCAUGUUUGCUUCAAGUUCAUAUAAGAACGCACACUGGAGAGAAGCCCUAUGAAUGUAAGCAGUGUGACAAAGCCUUCAGAAGUCUCAGUUACCUUCGUAUCCAUGAGGGAAGCCACACCGAGGAAAAGCCCUAUGAAUGUAGGCAGUGCGGGAAAACUCUCAGUUGUUCCAGUGCCCUGCAGUUACAUAAGAGAACACACACUGGAGAAAAGCCCUACGUGUGUAAGCAGUGUGGGAAGGCCUUCAGGGGCUUCAGUUAUCUUCGCGUCCACGAGAGGGCGCACACUGAAGAAAAACCCUAUGAGUGUAAACGGUGCGGGAAAACUCUGAGUUGCUCCGGUUCUCUUCAGCUGCAUGAAAGAACACACACUGGAGAGAAGCCUUAUGAGUGUAAGCAGUGUGGGAAGGCCUUCAGAGGUCUCAGUCGUCUUCGGGUCCACGAAAUCAUCCAUACUGGGGAAAAACCCCAUGAGUGUAAACUGUGUGGCAAGGCCUUCAGAUAUCAUAGUUUACUUCGAGUGCAUGAAAGGACCCACACUGGCGAAAAACCUUACGCUUGUCAACAGUGUAGUAAAGCCUUCAAAAGCCUCAGCUCCCUUCAGUUACACGAAAGAGCUCAUGGUAGAGAAAAGCGUUAUGACUGUACACAGUGUGGUAAGGCCUUCAGAUGUCACAGUCUCCUUCAGGCACACGAACGAACCCAUACUGGUGAAAAACCCUAUGAGUGUGAAGAAUGUGGCAAGACCUUCAAAAGUGCUGGUUCUCUUCAGUUACAUGAAAGAACUCACACUGGAGAAAAGCCCUACGGAUGUAAGCAGUGUGGGAAGGCCUUCAGAAGUCAAAGUUCCCUUCGAAGACAUGAAAGAAUUCAUGCUGGAGAGAAACCCUAUGAAUGUAAGCAGUGUGGGAAGUCCUUUAUUUAUCCCUGCUACCUUCAAAUGCACGAGAGGUCUCAUACUGGAGAGAAGCUCUAUAAAUGUAAUAUAUGUGGUAAAGCCUUUCUUUACCCCUGUUUUCUUCAAAUGCAUGAAAGAACUCACACUGGUGAAAAGCCUUACGCAUGUAAACAGUGUGAUAAAGCCUUCCGGAGUCACAGCUCUCUUCAAAUGCAUGAAAAAGUUCACACAGGAGAAAAACCCUAUGAAUGUAAACAGUGUGGUAAAGCUUUGAUAAGUCAUAGUUCUCUUCAGAGGCAUAAAAUGGUUCAUGCUGGAGAAAAACGCUAUGAAUGUAAGCACUGUAGUAAGUCCUUCAUUUAUCCAUAUUUACUUCAAAUUCAUGAAAGAUCUCACACUGGAGAGAGACCCUAUGAAUGCCAAGACUGUGGUAAAACCUUUACAUGUUACCGUUCCCUUCGAAGACAUGGAAAAACACAUACCUGAGUGGGGGAAAACCCUUAUGAAUGCGAACAAACAUGCAAGAAUGUUUAGAAUUUCUAGUUCUCUUCAAAUAGUGGAAGUACUGGGAAAAGAGCUAAUAUAAGUAUAAGACAAAUGGCGAAGGCUUUAGAAUUUUUUUUGUUUGUUUGCUUGCUAUGGAAAGCUUGGGAGAACUCACUGGAGAAAAUUCCGUGACUCUAAGAGAUGUGUUACAAUCUUCAAUUCCAUUUGAAGACAUGAAAAUAUCUGGUGUUAAAAGCCGUGAAUGAAUGGAAUAUAAUAUUCAUUUCUUAAACAUCCACUCAAAUGUAUAAACUAAUGCACCAUGAAGGCAGUUCUAUAGAAACAGACAUUGGACUGAAAUUGCUGCAGUUUGGAAAGUAAAGCUUAUAUUUUAACCAUACUAAAAAUCAUGCAGUAACUCCGAUUGGAAGAAGAUUCUACAAAUUUAUAUGUAUUGAAAUACUGAAGCAAAUCAUGUUCAAAGUGUCAUAGCAUGAAUGAAAAGAUAUGUAAUUUGUGAAUGUAUGGUGUUUACCAGUGAUUUGUGUUUGAAGAAAAUUGCAGCAGCACCUGACAUUGCAGGCUUGUCCUCUUGGGGAUUGUGGUUUUGAGGCAGGAGAUAGUAAGUUCAGGGCCUAUCCAGACAACUUAGUGAGACCAAUCUCAAUAAAAAUUGGAAAAGAUAUAGAUAAGUAGCUCAUUCGUUUAGCACUGGUCUCCCAGUGUAAUUCCCAGUCCCACCACCAAGAGAAAUGAGAGUGUCCCUA